AUGUUGACCGUACAGGAACAAACAGAAAUCAUCCAGAAGGUGCGCGAGGCACUGGACAAGUAUGAAGCCAAGCUCAGUGAGAUCAACCAAAAGAUCUGGUCCGAUCCCGAACUAGCAUUCAAAGAAUACAACGCCCACGAUAACAUCUGCGCAUUCUUCGAAUCCCUCAACGACGACUACACAAUCACCCGACAAGCCUACAACAUCUCCACAGCCCUGCAAAUAACCUACAAACAAGGCCACGGCGGACGCAUCGUGGCCUUCAAUGCCGAAUACGACGCCCUACCAGGCAUGGGCCACGCCUGCGGCCACAACCUCAUAGCAACCAGCAGCAUCGCCGCCUUCAUCGCCACCGUCGAAACCAUGAAAGCCCUACACCAGCACAACGCCACCAGCCCCGCAGCCGCAGGCUACGAAGUCCGGCUCCUGGGCACGCCGGCCGAAGAAGGCGGCGGCGGCAAACUGCUCCUCAUCAAGGCGGGCGCGUACAAGCCCGUGCACGCCUGCCUGAUGGUGCACCCGUUCCCCAUCCUCUCCGGAGCGCCGGACCUGCUGUCGGCGAGUUCCUGUACGGGCAUGUACCUCGCGAAUGACAAGGUGCAGGUGACGUACACGGGGAAGCCGGCGCAUGCGUCUGCGGCGCCGUGGGAGGGCGUCAACGCGCUUGAUGCGGUUGUGUCGGCGUAUGUGGGGAUCUCGAUGUUGAGGCAGCAGAUCCGGCAGACGGAUAAGGUGCAUGGGGUUGUGCUGCGGGGUGGGGAGAGGCCGAAUGUCAUUCCGGCUUCGACGACCGUCGAGUAUUAUAUUCGGUCGGGGAGUGUGGAGGAGCUGAAGCCGCUUACUGAGAAGGUGGUGAGGUGUUUUGAGGCGGCGGCUACUGCGACGGGGUGUGAGGUUGAGUUUGAAUGGGAGGCUUCGUACAAGGAUAUGAAGAUCAACAAGCCUAUCUGCGAUAGCUAUGUCUCCGCCAUGACUGCUAUGGGGCACAGGACUAUUUUCGAUGCGGCUGGACAGUCUGGUGGGAUGAGUGGGGGAUCUACUGAUAUGGGAAAUGUGUCCUACGAAGUCCCAAGCUUCCAUGGUGGCUUUUAUAUAGCCACCGACGGCGUCAAUCAUACGCCGCAGUUCACGGCGGGCGCGGGCUCCCAGGAAGGCUUUAAACGCAGCUUGCAUUGUGCUGCGGGAAUGGCGGUGGUGGCUUGCAGGGAUCUUGUUGAUGAUAGCUUCGCGAAGGCUGUGGAAACCGACUUUUGUAAAGAGAAUCGGCUGUAG